GGUCUGUUUUUAUGUGUGCUCUCGUACUUGCUGUAUUCAUGUUCCCGUGUGCGGAGACGGACAGAAGGCAAGCUAGCUAAAAACACGGGGGAGCUAAAAGAGAAGCUAACCAGCGACUGAGCACACGUUCUCCGCUAGCGACUGAAUCCCGUUUUAGCCAAAUAAAUGCACAUGUGACACGGUAACCGUUUCGGAAAACGAAACUGGAUUUUCAAAACCUGUUAGUGAGCCACAAAAUCUCUUUAUUCAACUGCAUCGGCCCCUGGAGCUUCAGUGUUUCGACAAGAGAGCAUACGAGCGCCGUUUGCAGAUGAGAAGAUGGAGAUGCUAUUUUGAAUAACUGAUGCACGCCAAAGUAUCAUUUUUAAUGCGUCAGAUGCCACACAAACGUGAACGUGCUGGAUUGUCUUCCUGUUAUCCACAAACAUUGCUGUUGCCACCUUUACAACAUCAUUCCUUCAGAAAUCACCUUGAGGUAGUUCUUCAGUGUAUUUGGCAGUCAUGGACUGGGCCACUCCUGCUGUCAAACUGAACCCGUACACUCGAGCCCGCAUGAGUGAAGCUUGGCAGCAGCAUGGUGUUUCUCAACCUCAGGUGGUUCACGCCAUGCCUCCCGGAGCCGAAGGUUCUCUGGGCUGUGCUGUGUAUGGAAUUGUCCUGCAGCAAGAGUCAACAUCUCUUCAACAGCAGCAGCAGACCCAGCAUGGACAGCACAAUCAGCAGCACAGUGGGAAUCAGCAGCACGGGAGUGGGCAACAUGGGAGUGGGCAGCAUGGGAGUGGGCAGCACAGUCAGCAGCACUCUACUCCAACCCAGCAGACCACCUUGCAGGUAGGAACUGAGGGAGGACACAAGUGUGGGGCCUGUGGACAUGACAUCUCCCACCUAGCCAACCCCCACGAGCACCAAUGCAUAGUAAGUCAGGAUAGGUCCUUCCAGUGCACCCAGUGCAUGAAGAUUUUUCACCAGGCCACUGACUUACUAGAGCAUCAAUGUGUUCAAGUAGAACAGAAGCCUUUUGUAUGUGGCCUCUGCAAGAUGGGCUUCUCCUUGCUAACAUCUCUGGCUCACCACCACUCAUCCCAUAACAGCAACAAUCCGAUGAAGUGUUCAAUAUGUGAGAAGACCUACCGUCCCGGUUCUUCCGGCAGCAUGAGCUCCAACUCUUCGGCAAACAAUGCCCAGCAACCUAGCAGUCUUAGGGCAUCGGCCACCAGUAGCUCAUCCAUUCUACCCUUCCCGUCAGCCCGCGACCGCCCAUACAAAUGUUCUGUUUGCCAGAAGGGUUUCAAACACUUGUCAGAACUCACCCGUCACGACAGAGUGCACACAGGGGAGAAGCCUUUUAAAUGUGACACGUGUGACAAGGCUUUCAGCCAAUCAUCGCACCUUCAGCACCACCAGCGGACACACAGCAACGAACGUCCUUUCAAGUGUGCCGUUUGUGAGAAAAGCUUCAAGCACCGUUCCCAUCUGGUGCGCCAUAUGUACGUGCAUUCUGGUGAGCACCUAUUCAAAUGCAACUUAUGCGAGUUGCACUUCAAAGAGUCAUCGGAGCUCCUUCACCAUCCCUGCCACCCGCAAGGCUCUCGGCCCUUCCGCUGCGCAACCUGCGGAAAGGGUUUCAAACGCCCGUCCGAUCUCCGCCAACACGAGCGAGCGCACUCAGAGGAGCGUCCGUUCCACUGUGAUGAGUGUCAGAUGAGCUUCAAACAGCAGUACGCCCUGGUGCGCCACCGCCGCACACACAAAGACCCAGCCGACCGGCCGUUCAAAUGCAAUCUGUGCGACAUGGGCUUCAUGCAACCCUCGCACCUUCUCUACCACCAGCACGUGCACGGCAUGGACAACCUGUUCAAGUGCGCCUCAUGUCAGAAGGAGUUCAGCCAAUCGGGAGAGCUACUUCGGCACAAGUGCGGCGAGUCGCCUAACACCGUGCCCGACAAGCCGUACAAGUGCGACGUGUGCGGCAAGGGCUACAAGAAGAGUUCCACGUUGCAGCGCCACCAAAACUCUCACUGCCAAGAAAAGCCCCUGAAGUGCUCCCUCUGCGACCGCCGCUUCCUCUCUUCUUCUGAAUUUGUGCAGCAUCGCUGCGACCCCUCCCGGGAAAAGCCGCUCAAGUGUCCCGAUUGCGAGAAGCGCUUCAAAUACUCCUCAGACCUCAACAGACAUUUGCGUGUUCACACGGGGGAGAAGCCGUACAAGUGUGAGCAUUGCAACAAGUUUUUCAAACAGCGCGAGCACAUGACCAAACACCAGAACACGCACUCCAGAGAAGGACAGUUCAAGUGCGUUUGGUGUGGUGAGCGUUUCAGUGACUUGGGCUCUUUGCAGGAUCACACAGUACAGCACACAGCUGAUGGAGGGGAUUACCCUGUGCCCCAGUGCAUGUAACUGAAUCCCUGAAAACUUUUUGUCCCCUGCGAGCAUGUUUCUACCGAGUAGUAUUGUUCCGGAAGUGUUGGGAAAUUUUCUACACGAACUUUGUGGUACAUAGAUCAAUUCACAAAUUUUAAAACGAACUUGUUAAGUUCAUACUUCAUAAUUGAAUUGUAUUUUAAACUAAGUUCAUUGUUUCAAAAAUGAAAAGUUCAUAGUUAUUUUCUUACCCUAAAAAAAAGGUUGCUGCAAGGAGUGACGUAUUGACAUUUUCUAAUUGUUUGCAACCAUUCCAUUCACACUAGUAUCCAGGUGCUUCUAUUGACCUCAAAUACAAGAGAAAAUUGCUUGAAUUGUCAAUUGAAACAAAAACACAACUGUGGUCCAGAAUGUGGAAAUGCAAUCAAUCAGCUAUAGGUGCCAGACUGAGGUAGGAAACAAAGGAUGUACAAAUGACGUACUCAAUGUAAAGUGACAUUAUAUUUGCUUUAACUAACUUUUAGUGAAUGUUUUAGUUCUUAACUUCUUUGCCCAAAGAACCAGAAAAUAUUUAGAAUUUAGGACAUAACAGUGCGAAGGUGCAAAGCCCAAAUACAUUUCUAAAACAACAACAAUCUCAUUAAGACUAACUCGUGGGUCAGCGCCAUUGAGAGCACUACGUGUCAUAAAAUUCCUGAAUGCUCUCGCAGGAUGAUACCUUUUCAAGCACACGUCGCAUUUUGAUGGCAUACGCAGCAGCGUGCGACUGGCCGGGGUUGACAAAUCGUUUCCCCUUGCCUAAUUAAGCCUUGUUUACAGUGUGUUCAGUGGACUUUUAUUUUGAAGUCUGACAAGAGAAAACCUGGCACUGUCGAAUGAUGAUGAACUGCCCUUCAAAACCAUUCAUUGGCCCCAGAAUGAGCACGUUCACAAUAACGUUCACGAAGGAAAAAUGCACUAUAUUCAGUUCGAUCAAAAUACGAACGAGUUCACGAACUUUUGUUCAUUGAACGCGUUCAGGUACAACACUGUGUUCCGGUUUAGUAAAGUACACGUUUUUUGUGUGUCCGUGUUUUACCAAAAAUUGCACGGUAAUCAAUGAUCUCUUUUUGGCACUCUUUGAUGGGAUACCAACUUCAGUGGCACAGUAUGGUACCAAAAAAGUAGAGCAUGGGAAGGAAUCACAAAACUCAGAUUUUCCUAAGGUGUGUUGUGAUCAGAUAAGGCAUGUUCAUGUUGUUGAUUUUACAGCAAGGUGAUAGCUGCAUCUGCUAUGUAAAUGUUGGAAUAUCGUAGUGUACCUACCAGACACUUUUUAACUGUCACAAAAAAUAUGGCUUUUGCUCUUCAAGAAUUCUAGUUGUCAUUUGCAGAUUACCAUACUCGCCAACUUUGGGUUGUAAAAACUGGGCUGUUUUUUUCUCAUUGAUGUGUUGGCCUAAAGCUUUUUGCCUUAUAUUUACUACAUGAAGGACUAUUAUGCAUACAGAGCCGUUUCUCUGAUACUCAAUAAAUUACUCUAGUUACCUUUUGGGACACUGUAUAAAUAGGCAGUUGUAUGUUAUCAAAUGAGGCUACACUUAUGUAAUUACAAUAACUAUGCUACAAACAUACACGAGCAGCCAUUUCCUUUUACACUUGAUGACAGACAUUUGCUUUUGCUUUCUUUGCCACCACAAAAUGUUCAACCUGAUAGUUCCACUUCCCAAUUUGCAUAAUUCUGGUGUUAAAUGUUUUUUGGGCCCUCACAAUUGAAAGACCCAGAAUAGCUGAAAUGCAAAGAUAACUCAGUAUUUUUUAAUAGCUCUUGUAAAUUGACUAGUGUGAAGAUUUGUAGUGGUUGAGGAUGUUCCACUUCUAGGGAAAUAGUUCUGUAUGUGUGGUUUCUUUCCUAAAUACACGUGUAAUGCCGAUCCCACACAUGGAAAAUGAUAAUAUUGACAUUCAAUAAGUACGAGUAUUCAGUCUAUUGAAGUUUCCUUCAGAGGUCAGUACUGUACAUAGUGUGUGAUGCGUGAACUUGUCAAAAUGUCUUUCAAGAAAAUGUAUUUAAAGAUGUUUUUUUGUAUUCUUGCUCACCAUUUUAAAUGACUUAACAUAUGUUUGUUUGUGGGUUGUUGUUUUUUUUUUGCCCUGUGUAGUCCAGUUAGUUAGGGGUAUCACCAGGGAACUGUAGCCCUAUGUGGGGCAGCAAACUGAAAAUACACUCACUACAAGGGCCUCUGUCAGUCAUUGGCCGUGAGUUAUAAUCAGUUAAACACGUUCUCUUACAGCACCCCACCCGGCAUGUAGUGAUUGUAUCAGUAUGUCGAAGGUUACCUAAUGACAACCAUCUUGAGUGUGUGAAUGUAGAUUUGUUUAAAAAAGGAAAUACAUACUGACAGAAAUUGUCAUUGAGCAAUGUAUCAACAGAUCGGAAAGCGUAGUCUUGUAGAAAAAAAAAUGUUGUCUGUCAUAGAGGGCUCUAUAUUCGUGCCCAGGGCAGUUCUGGCACAUAGAGCACGGUCCUACUGUGCAAAAGGUGUGGGCUACACCAAGUUUCGGUAUCUUUGCAGAUGCACUCAGCUCGGCAUGGUUAAAAACGGGCGGUUUGCGCUGUUGUGGGUGCGAACAUAGCAGACUUACUUUUGCAGCCAUUCAAAGCAGUUCCUCUUAUUCCCUUUAAAAUUCAUGUGUGCAAAGUUUAUAAGGAACCGCAAGCAGACCUCAACAGGCAAAUCAUGUAAAGUCGGUUAGGGAGUUAGUAGAUCACUGCUAUGAAUUGGGCACUUUGAGCCUGCCUUUCACCCCGAUAGUACGUUUUGUGUGUGAACCAUAGCUGUGCCGCGGCCCGAUAGUUUUUUUGGGAAAAAUACAAUAAAGAUGAUAAAAAUAAUGCAUUCAA